CUCUGACCCGUCCAUCCACCCCCAUCAGAGAGCUGUGACGUGCAGCAGCACCGGUGGGGAUGCCCGGGCCUUCCCCUCCCUGCUCUGAGCACCCUCCUCGCCUGAAGAGCAAACAGCCGGUCGCUGCCCAUGCCCAUGGCUUCAGAGGAGGCUGCUGAGCCGGGAUUGCAACCCACCACCCCUGCCAACCCCGUCCUCCCCUCCACCACCACCACCCCUGCAGCCCCUGCAGCCUCCACAGCCCCCACCAACCCUCCCAGCCGCAAGAAGAGCCAGAAGAAAAAGAAGGAGAAGGCCGAGGCCAGGGGAGAUGCCCAGGAGGGAGGUGAUGAGGCAGAGGGGCGGGUGGCCGCGAUUGAGGGGCUCACACAAGCUGGGCGCCGGGCGCUGGCACUGGGGGCCAGGCAGGAGGCAGUGGGGUGCUUCAGGAAGGCCCUGCUCCUCUCCAGGGACACAGUGAGCCCUCAGCUCCGCAGGGCUUGUGCCUUCAACCUGGGAGCUGCCUACGUGGAGACUGGGAAGCCCAGAAAGGCCCUCGAGUUCCUCCUGCAGUCCCAGCCCUCGGAGAGGGAGGACGAGGAGGAGCACCCGGGGGACCUUUAUUUCAACGUCGGGGCAGCUCGGGAAGGGCUUCAGGACUUUCCCAAGGCUUGUUUUGGCAAAGCCAGCGGCCGCGACGGCGUGUCGCAGGCUGGCGGCCGGGCAGGGACCCACGUGCAGAUGGGCUGCUGCUACCUGGGGAUGCGGGAGCCGGCACGAGCCGCGCGGUGCUUCCUGGACGCGGCGCGGACCUACAGGGCGGCGGAGAGCCCCGAGGCGGCGGCGGUGGCUCUGAGCAGGGCGAGUGGCUCCAUGCUGCAGAGCCGGCGGUUCCGGGCGGCGGAGAUCGCAGGGGUCCUGGCCCAGUGCCGCUCUCUCUGUGAGGCCAUCCCCGACCCGGCCCUGCGAGGGAAACUCUACCACGACAUCGGCCUGGGCUACUCCCAGCUCCACAUCUUCUCCCUGGCUGCCGAGAGCUUCGAGCAGGCCCUGGGGCUCUGCCGGGGGGACCGGCCGCGGGAGGCUGCGCUGCUGCAGAACCUGGGCGCUGCCCACAACGCGCUGCGCAGUUUUGGCACGGCGCUGGGCUGGCACCGGCGCGCGGCCGCGCUGCACGGCGCCCUGGGGAACCGGAGGGCGCAGGGGCAGUGCUUUGGGAAUCUGGCCUACGCCUGCAGCCGGCUCGGGAACCACGAGGCUGCCGCGGAGAACUACCUGCACUCCCUGCAAGCCUUCCGGGACUCAGGGGACAUGCAGGGGCAGUGGCAGGCAUGUGAGGGGCUGGGCACAGCCUGCUUCCAGCUGGGAGACCCCCAGAAAGCCAUCGGGCACUACCAGGAGGCCCUGACUUUGCUUUCCCACUGUCAGGACACCCCCAGAGCUGCCCGAGAGCGGGUUGUGCACAAGCUCACGGAUGCCAUUCAGCACCAGCUCUGCCUCGGUGGCCGCCUCUCCCACCGUGGGGGCCAGGUGCCCACCCCAGCUCCGGAGCUCAGCCAGCUGCAGGUUUGCUCCAUGCUGCCCCAGGCCAGCGGGACACUGCUCCAGGGGAGUGAGGUGUCCUUUGGAGGGGAAACUCAGGACCAG